AUGUGCGGUAUCGGGAUCGGCCUGGACCCGCAGCUCAUCGCUCAAUCCGAGGCUGCCGUGAUAGUGUCCCUGGCUGACGACGGACCAGCUUGCAAAGGAGGACUAAACGUGGGAGAUGUCAUCCAGAGAAUAGACGACCUUGACGUCGAUGACUUGAUGCGGAAGUUUCACCAGAUGAAAAUGAACAACAACGUUAUGGGCAAUACAAGCGCUGCUUCGACUCUAGCGAGCGCUCUCCUCGGACCUGAAGGCACAACUGUACAAAUCACGGUCACGAGGACUAUCGACAGGAAGAUAACAAAGCUCACCUUUGUUGUCCCACGAGGAUUCUUGAACAAGACAAGUCAGUGGAUCAGCCCCAACAAGUCGAGAUGA